AUGACGUAGAUGCAUUAGUGAUUUUAUUUCUCUUUGACUGUAGUCUAUGGUCAACCGGCGUCUGAUAAAUGUUGUUGUUUAUUUGUGAAAUCUAAAUAAUAAAUAAUGUAAAAUUAAAAACAUGUCUGUAUUAUCUGAAUAUAAAUUGUUUUUCCCAAUAGACAGCAUUCAAAAAGUAUGUGACAUGUUUGAGGAGCAGCUGCGCAGUAAUAAAGAACCGGAUUUAGCAUUGUUUUCCAUCAUAGUUGGUGCUGUUGAAAAUAAUUUAACAAAUGUUAAAAACAGCGAUAAGGACGUGAGUUUGUCCGCAAAUAAAUUUAUCAAAAUGAAGUUUCCUUCUGUAGAAUGGGAGGAAGUUAAAACACUCUAUGACCGCUUCGUAUCUUUGAUGAAAAGUGGCGUGGACGCGAAAUUAUUAGGUGGAGAAGUAGCUACACGUGAUUUAGUAAAACGAGUGGCUGAUGUUGUUUGGAACUCAUUAACACGCAGUUACUAUAAGGAUAGGGCGCACCUACAAUCAAUUUACAGCUUUUUAAAAGGAAACAAAUUGGAUUGUUUUGGAGUAGCUUUUGCAGUGACUGCUGGCUGUCAAGUUUUGGGUAAACAAGAUGUGCAUUUGGCACUCUCAGAAGAUCAUGCUUGGGUGGUUUUUGGAAAAGAUGGAAUGAACACUGCUGAAGUAACAUGGCAUGGGAAAGGCAAUGAAGACAAAAGGGGACGAUCAGUUGGUGAAGGAGUGCUUGCUCGGUCAUGGCUGUAUGUGGCUGGUAAACCAGUUGUAUGCACACGGGUAAUGGAGCUUGCAGCGUUAGUGUCAUCAAUUAAUCCAACACUGACACCUACUAUUGAUGUACAUGAAGUAGCCCAGAUGCAGCACAGGCUCCUUUGGUUGCUUUAUGACAAAGGUCAUUUAGAUGCAUAUCCUAUGGCUUUAGGAAAUCUUGGUGAUCUAGAUGAGUAUAUGAAAAUAUCUAAUUGCGCUGAAGAACCAGACAGCUCCAACGUAAAAAACGAGGCGGGCACGAAUCCAAGUACACCUAGACCAGAUUCUGCAGCUUUGUACGUUCAGGCGAUUCGCUCUUCCAGAACACAUUAUGAGGAUCGCCACGUAUAUCCAUAUACUUUUCAAGGUGGCUAUUAUCACAGGUACAAGAUGUAUAAAGAAGCAUUUCAUGCCUGGGCUUGUGCUGGUGAUGUUAUAAGACACUAUAACUAUUCAAGAGAUGAUGAAGAAAUAUACAAAGAAUUUUCUGAAAUUGCAAAUGAACUAAUACCCCAAUUGAUGAAAGCUGAAAGCUCUGGACAUUCUGCAAGAUCGAUUUUAAAGGAUCCAGAAUGUUUUGCGUCUCUUCUUAGGUUUUAUGAUGGAAUAUGUAAAUGGGAAGAGGGAAGUCAAACGCCCAUUUUGCACAUUGGAUGGGCAAAGCCUCUUGUUAGUACCAUAUCAAAGUUUGAUGCUGAGGUGAGAGCCCAAGUAAAUAUCAUCUGCAGUCCUGACAAUGGCGAGCCAACUGACGAACCACAAAAAUCUGAAGAUUCAAAUCAGAAAGAGGAUAAGAAAAUAGAUAAUGAUAGUUGGAACAAUAACACUGAAAAUGCAGAGUUGUCAGUGCGGGAGCAAUUGACAGCAGCAGUAAAUAGCCGACCUCGUGUCACACUAUACAGUCACAAAAUGGCAGCCCUUAAACCACUGUUGUUAGCUGAGCGUUUGAACACACACGCAUUGCAAUUACAACUGACUGCGCAAAGUCAAUUACAAAGACCGCAGCCACCUGCCAAAAGGCGAGAGGAUGAUGAACACACUUCUCAAGCACCGACCGCUCGAGCAAAGCGGGCUCGCCGCGAACGUUAGUACUUUCUGUACAAAACAAUGUAAAUAUAAUAUAUUAUAAUUCUAUCUUUAAAAGAUUAAGAAAAUAGAACAUAGUGAAAUAUUUUUUUGGUAGUACAAUCAUACUCAAGGAGUAGAUGAACUUUGCUUAUAUAUUACCAAUCCAAUACUUGUAUUUUACCAAUCCUCAGUAUAUAUUCGAUAUUUAUCUAAUAAUAAUGGGAUUAUUUGUUGGGUAUUUCAAGUGUGUCAAGAAACAUAACAACAGAGAAUACGACAAAUAAAUCACAUGAUGUUGGUAAUGUGUUUCUGAGCAUACAAAAUACAAGGGUUUGUAUAGAAUUGGAUUAGUACAAAGUGGGUUUUAAAAAAACAGUUAAAUUUUUUAGUUUUGAAUUAUUGUUGUAAGAUUGUUCUAUGGUAAGAAUAUAAUAUUUGCAUUUUUAAACGUUUCCCAAAAUUUAAAGUUUUUCGUAGGCUAUAAAUGACUGCUUUAAAUUGUUUAUAAACUUUUAUGCUAAGCAUAAUUCAAAAAGAGUGAGACUCUUUGGUUGUUAUUAUUAUUAUUUAUUACUCUGUUUAGUUCCAUAACAACUCUUAUAUCAGAGUAUG